GAACUUAAAAGGAAGCUGAAUAUUCUGACUCGUCCUAGUGGAAUUUCAGUGGACAACUCCAAAUUUGAUGGACCUCUGUUACAGAUUUUAUUUAUGAACAAUGUAAUUUCUAAGCAGUAUCAUCAAGAAAUUGAAGAUUUUGUUUUUAAUUUAGUUCAGAAAUAUGAAGAGCAGAAGAGAGGUGAACAAGAAAAAACACACUUCAAUGUUAAGCCACAGCCCUCCAGUGUUCUUUUGGAAGAGGACUGUAAAACAGCAAGCUCGAAUUCUGUUAAAAAAAUUAAAGAAGCUUUUAGUGUUGUAGGAAGUGUUCUGUAUUUUACCAAUUUUUGUCUCGAUAAACUGGGACAGCCUAUAUUAAAUGAGAAUCCACAGCUGACAGAAGGAUGGGAAAUACCUAAAUAUCAGCAAGUUUUCAGCCAGAUUCUCUCCCUAGAUGGACAAGAAAUACAAGUAAAACCAAAAAGGCCAAAACCGCAUUGUUUCAAUUGUGGUUCUGAAGAUCAUCAAAUGAAAGACUGUCCAAAGCCACGAAAUGCAGCUCGUAUAAGUGAGAAGAGAAAGGAGUUUAUGGAAGCUUGUGGUGAAGCAAGCAAUCAGAAUUUUCAGCAGCGUUAUCACGCAGAAGAAGUAGAAGAGAGGUUUGGAAAAUUUAAACCAGGAGUAAUUAGUGGGGAACUUCAAGAUGCACUUGGUGUUACAGAUAAGAGUCUUCCUCCAUUUAUAUAUCGCAUGCGUCAGCUGGGUUAUCCUCCAGGUUGGCUCAAGGAGGCUGAAAUGGAACACUCAGGACUUGCGCUUUAUGACGGAAAAGAUGAUGGUGGAACAGAAGAUGAAGGAUCUCGUCAACCAAAACACAUCACUUACGAUGUCUCUAAGUUGAUAAACUAUCCAGGCUUUAAUAUAUCCACUCCAAGUGGCAUCCCAGAUGAAUGGCAGAUAUUUGGUUCCAUCCCCAUGCAGCCAUCUCAACAGAAGGAUGUUUUUGCUAACUACCUUUCUAAUUUUCAUGCGCCAAGUCCAAAAUCUAGCAAUAAAAGGGCUGCAUCUCAGUCAAGCUCUCAUCAUUCAAAACGACCAAAAGAAGACAAUUUGGAGGUACCAACAGCUGACAUGGACCUAGAUUCUGAUCUGGAAGUGUCACAAAGAUCUCAAACUCAUAACAGUUUUCAGUUCCAACCUCCGCUGCCACCCGGACGUCCAUCGAUGCCAACUCCUCCUCCUUUACCACGAGGAACACCUCCACUAAAUCUUACACCAACUCAACCUUCAACACCCACCCGCCCUCCUCUUCCUAGGACUACUGCACCGUUGAAUCCUUCCGGUGAUAUUCCUCAGCCAAAAAUAGUGGACUCAAUCAUGGAUGAGGAUACUCUGACCUUGGAAGAGCUAGAGGAACAGCAGCGAUUAAUCUGGGCAGCACUAGAGCAGGCAGAAAGCACAAACAGUGACUCUGAUAUUCCUGUUGAUACACCUUUAACUGGAAAUUCUGUUACAUCAUCACCAUCUAGGAACGAAGUAGAUCUUGUUGCAGAAGUAAGAUCAUCUGAUAAGGUGAUUACAGUGGAAACUAGGUUUUCCAACAUCAGUGAACAGAUACCAGAAAAUGAACAUUCUAUAACUAGUCUUAAUGCAGGAGAUAGUUUACUUAACUUAAAGGAAAAUCCUGAUAAUACAGAUUCUGAAGGCUUGCUGGAUAACACCCUGCCUGCUCCCAGUCGUGACGUUAAUGAUGGAGAAAAUACAAGUGGUAAUAAAGUGGUCACAAGCAUUGAAUCAUCUGCAAAAAACUCCAGUCUUGUUCCUGAUAUGAGCAAGUUUGCUGCAGGCAUAACACCAUUUGAAUUUGAAAAUAUGGCAGAAUCAACAGGUGUUUAUCUACGAAUAAGAAGCGUGUUAAAAAAUUCCCCAAGAAACCAGCAAAAGAAAAAGACUUCAUCUUAAUUGGUCUUCCUUUGUUUCGUUAUGUCCAAAUCCCUGCUUCCUUCUCUCUCCUUCUCCAAUUUUACAGACUCGGAUAGCCUUCCUCAUCCUUUUGUGGGAAGGAGAAAGUCUUGACAAAUACAGCUCUGCCCCAUUCUUCCUUGGGACUGAAGUCAGUGCAGGGCUUCCGUAUUGACCAGGACUACCAAUACGGCCGGAAAAUAUAGAAGAAUUUUCCCAAAUUGUGUCCUUCCACUAAGGAAUAACAGGACUGUUGAUUUAUUAAGAGCAAUUUACUUGCCAAUACAUGAAACUCUAAAAAGAGGAGUUUGUGGUUUGUUGUUCAUUACUUUGGCUAAGGUUUAUAUUGUUCUUGAGUUUCAGGUGAAUUGUUGAUUUUUUUAAUAUCUGUCCUUUGUACAAUAAUCUGUACUUUAUACCUUUUGCUAAUUAUCCUGUAGAUAAGUUUAAUAUAUUCAGAAUGUUUUUAAAAAGGUCUAACAUUAAGAUUUCCCACAUCAAAAUCCUGGCAAUUGGAUGAAAAUAAUCAGGGAUUUACCGGCAUUAUCUUCACCAUUUCAGAUAUUUUUAUAAAUUAUUUAUGUGGGUCAGUUUUAAUUACCACUGUAUCUUUUGUAACAUCAUCCUUCAUGUAAACUUGCUGUACAUACAUGUUCAUUGUUGUGUACAGAGGUUUAAUAAAUGCGCUUUUAUAUAAAGA